AGUCAGAGAAUCUUUCCUGACACACACAUCACGUUUUAGAAAUCGAGUCGAAAAUGUUUAAAAAUUUCUUAAUUAUUUUAAUGCUCUGUGCGCUCCAAACUUAUUCGCAGUCUGUGGAGCUUUCCAAGGGGCUGGGCGCCAAAAAGAAUGCCGCCAGCACCACGCUCUACACGAUUGAGGGCCUCAUUCUGCCGCCCGAUCCGCUGAUCCGCAUCAGUGCCCAGUGGCCGGCGGACAUAACGCUGUCGAUCAAUGGAGGCGAGUACCAGGGAUUCGUGCGGCUGGAUGGCAGCUUUACCAUAAGCGGUGUCCCGUCCGGCAGUUACAUAGUGUACGCGCAUCAUGCGGAUAUUUUCUUUCAGCCUGUGCGCGUGGACAUUGCCCACAAUGGCAAGUUCCGGGCGCGCAAGGUGAGCCACAUCAAGCCAUCGCAGGUGGUGAGGUUGCCCUAUCCGCUGGUCCUGAAGCCCGUCAUGCGUCGCCGUUACUUCCGCACCCGCGAGCAGUGGAACAUCAUGGACUACGUGCUGAAUCCCAUGGUGCUGCUCAUGGUGGUGCCGCUCAUGCUGAUGCUGCUGCUGCCGCGACUCAUCAACGAUCCGGAAACCAAGCGCGAAAUCGAGAGUAUACAAUUCCCCAAGAUACCCAACGGCAUGCCGGAUCUCAGCGAUGUGCUCACCUCGCUGCUAACCGGAAAGCGACCACCCGAAAAGGAGAAGAAGGCCAUUGGAGGCACCGCAAAUAAAAGGCGCAACUAGCUAGCUCCUUGUUUUUAUGCGAUUCACUUCUGAAGUUUCAUGCAUUAUUAUGAAUCUGUGAAUAAUAUCCGAGAUGAAU